CACUGGUUUUCUUCGCUAUUUUGCUUUGCAACACAAACAAGGCAGUUCUCUUUGCCCCCCACUUUUCAAUCUUCCGCCUGAACACAAACCAGAGAUGGGAGAAGGAAAGGGCUCCACCCUCGUCCACCUUCUGGUGGUAGUCCUUAGCUUGGUCGCUUUCGGCUUCGCCAUUGCUGCUGAGAGAAGAAGAAGCGUUGGAACGGUUGUUAAAGAUAACAUAUCAAAUGAGACAUAUUGUGUCUACAACUCGGAUGUUGCCACUGGCUAUGGAGUAGGUGCUUUCUUGUUUCUUCUUUCAGGUGAAUCCCUGUUGAUGGGAGUUACGAAGUGCAUGUGCUUCGGGAGACCAUUGGCACCGGGUGGUGACCGAGCUUGGUCUAUCAUCUAUUUUGUUUCAUCAUGGCUGACUUUCUUGGUUGCCGAAGCAUGUCUAAUAGCGGGUGCAACAAGGAAUGCCUAUCACACCAAAUACCGUGGGAUGAUUUACGCCCAGAAUUUCUCCUGUGAAACAUUGAGGAAAGGCGUCUUUAUCGCCGGAGCAGUUUUUGUGGUUGCGACAAUGGUUCUCAACAUAUACUACUACAUAUUCUUCUCCAAGGCAACCACCGCGACACCCGCUCACAAGGCGAAUCGCGCAAAUCUAACUGUUGGGAUGACCGGUUAUGCAUAAUAUUAAAUUUACACGAUUACAUAAUUUAGGCAGAUGAGUUUGGCUUAUUGUUAUUGUUUGAGCUUGAUUGACGUUAUAAUAAAAAACUGUACUUGUUAU